ACAGCAGAAAUAAGAGCGCCCAUGAUUCUCUCUCUCUCUCCACGGCGAUCAGAGAGCGCGUUUACGCACGAAGGACAUUUGACGGUUGCGCGCACAUCCACGGGCUUGUGGCAGCUUCAGCGAACUCGGUGGCGAGCUGAACCAUGUCAUUGAGCCCCAAACAUACAACUCCUUUCUCAGUGAGCGAUAUUUUGAGCCCGAUCGAGGAGACCUUUAAGAAGUUUGCAGGCAUGGAGAGCACCGCGAGCCUGGCGUCUCCUCUGUACAGACAGACUCAAGUGUCUCAGUCAAACCUGCAGCAGCACAACAUGAGCCAUAACGCCUAUCACAUGCAACACACUCAGUUCUCACACAGCGCAAUGGGAAGCUACUGCAACGGGACCAUUGGCACCAUGGGAGAACUGCCUUCAUACCAGGAGAGCAUGAGGAACGGCGCGACGGCGACGGCUUGGUACGGCUCGAACCCAGAGCCAAGAUAUCCGACAAUUUCCAGGUUUAUGGGCCCAUCGGCGGGAAUGAACAUGGGAACUUUAUCAGGAAUGGACGCGAGUAAAUCUAUGGUGACUCUACACGCUGCGCCCCGAAGGAAGCGUCGCGUCCUCUUCUCUCAAGCGCAGGUGUACGAGCUCGAGCGACGAUUUAAACAGCAGAAAUAUCUGUCAGCUCCAGAGAGAGAACACUUGGCCAGCAUGAUUCACCUGACACCGACCCAGGUGAAGAUCUGGUUCCAGAACCACAGGUACAAAAUGAAACGUCAGGCGAAGGACAAAACUGUGCAACAGCAGGACACCAGCGGAAACCUUUGCGCGCAACAGUCGCCGAGGCGCGUCGCCGUGCCCGUGCUCGUUAAAGACGGUAAACCGUGUCAAAACGGCUCCAGUACACCGACAGCUGUCCAUCAGCAGGUAAUGAGCAGUGAGACUUUAGCUUCAGCUGAGGAUUUAGAUGAGAUGUCACCGAGUCCUCCUCUGAUGAACAACAUCUCUCAGACUGAUGCUGCGCUCAUGGAGUACACCAGUAACAUGAUGAGCUCAAACCUGCUGUACGGCAGAACAUGGUGAUGUUUCACAAAUCCACUCCUGGCGUGCAAAGAUAAGACUGAAUUUCUAGAGACACACGGUUUUUCAAUGGUUUUUAAACACGCGGAGCUCAUCUGUUGAUAUGGAUUGAUGAUUAUUGCAUGAAAGAGACUGAACACCUAAAAAGGUGAUGAUGGAUUCACCAAACGUCAGUUGUGUUGCUUUGUAAAAUACAAGCUGUAGAUGAAGAAAUGUUGUUUAUAAAUAUCUAACAAUAUGGACGACGAUUGUUUUAUUCAAGUCUUUUGUAAGUUUAAAUGAAAAACACGAAUGCUACAAAUAUGUGCGAUAAAGAGCUCAUGCGAAUUUGACAAUAAACCAAUUUAAGUGCAAAAGUUUUUCGUUUCUCUCAGGUUUGACAGAGCAAAAUAAACUCUAGUUACUAUGUUUGAAGAGUUUGGUUCCAAAACGAGAUAACUCCGUUUUUAAAAUUGCCAAAACAUGUUUAUGUUAUCAUGUUUGAAUUGUGUUAUAUUGUGCUACUUAGUUGUAUUUUUAAUUAUGAAGUAUUUAUUUUAGAUGUGAAGGCUCAAAUCAAAACAAUACAACUGCAGUUUGGUUGAUAUUAACUGGAAUCAAAAAAAAGUUUUUUUUAUUUUGUUUUAUCUUGUUUUUUUUUUAACUUUCAAACUUAUUUUUUAAUAGCAUGUAUAAACAAAAUAAGCCCAUUAAAAAGAAAAAACAAACAAUCGAAAAUAUUAAACCAAUAAAUUAAUUUUAGAAAGAUUAUAUGUAUUGUUUGAAUUUAAAUGUGCCCCUUUAUGACUCGCAAUUUGUGCCUCAACUUUUCACAAUAAUUUUGAAAGAAAGAGAAAUUAUAGCGCGAUUUUAACCAUUAAAAGGAUUACAAAAAGUAAAUAAAACUAUUUUGAAACACUUCAAUACGGUAUUUUCUGUUUGAUAGCGCAAAUACCCUUUUGUUUAUAAAUAGGCCUAAUUUAAACCAUUUCUGCGUGUAUUGACCUUUAUUUUUUAGUUGCUCAA